GGCUUGGGCAAAUGGCAAGAGCCAAGAAUCUUCAGCUUCAUAAAGAAGCAAAAAGUACCAUCUUGACAAGCAAAGCACAAAAGAGCCUCAGCUUAAGCAAAGAGCCCUAUUAGUAUUAAAGCAGCUGCUUCCACUUCAAGUUAAGAAUUACAACCCCCCUCCCUUCAUCUCCACUCUCUCUUUCUCUCACUAGAACCUCCAUCUGCCCCACAAGAGAGAGAGAGAGAGAGAGAGAGAUGCAACAUCAUCUUGCGCAACUUGGGAUCAGUUAACCCACAUCAUCAUCAGCUGCCCGACCACUAUGGCCACCGUUCGGAAGCUGGUCGUGGAGGUGGUGGAGGCCGUCAGCCUCUCCCCCAAGGACGGCCAGGGCACGUCCAGCCCUUACGUGGUCGCCAACUUCCACGGACAGCGCAAGCGCACCCGCACCGCCGUCAAGGAUCUCUGCCCCCGGUGGAAAGAGGUCCUCGAGUUCGUCGUCCGGUCCCCCGACAGCUACGGCAACGCGCUCGAGAUCGACGUCCUCCACGACAAGGCCCACGGCCCCACCACCCGCAACAACUUCCUCGGCCGCGUCCGCCUCAGCUCCUCCCAGUUCGUCUGGAAGGGCGAGGAGGCCCUCAUCUACUACACUCUCCGCGGCAAGGGCUGGUUCAGCUGGGUCCAGGGCGAUCUCGGUUUGAAGAUCUAUUACACGGUUGAGCUCCCGCCGCCGCCUCCGCCUCCGCCGCUGCCUCAGCCCCCGGCGGAGGAAGCGAAGCCGGCGGAAGCCGACGCGCCACAGCCACCGCCGCCGGAGUCUGCCGAGCAGCCGCAGCCUCCACCAGAUGGGGCGGCAGCUGCUGGUACCACGUCUGAAGCCACACCGCCUGCUGAGGGCGAAAAGCCCGGUGAAGAGGCACCUAACAAAGAUGUGCCGCCGCCCGCGCCACCAUCUACUGAAAAUGCUCCUCUAGACGUCGAAACUACUGCCGAGGCCAAGCCGCCGGAAACAGCAGAGGCAAAUCCAGAGGACUCGCAAGUGCCGCCACCGUCGCCGGCACCCUCACGAACUUCCAAGGAGACCGAAAUGGAUGCAGCAUCCCAGUGGGUGCCUCCACCGUCGCCGGCACCCUCACGAACCUCCACGGAGACCGAAAUGGAUGCAACAUCGCAGUUGGUGCCUCCACCGCCGCUGGCGGCGGCUUCUGUCUCGCGAACAGCCUCCCAAGUAAAAUUCGCGGGGAUGAAUAGUUAUCAUCCUCCGCCGCCGAGGCAGCCGAUGAGCAGGACCUACACAAUGGAUUCGCUGGACAGCAUGGUCAUGGAAAAGGAGCGUUCGUCGUUCGAUCUGGUGGAGAAGAUGCACUACCUCUUCGUCAGGGUGGUCAAAGCCCGGCAUCUGCCGACCAACGGCAGUCCCGUCGUGAAGAUCGUCGUCUCCGGCGCUCACGUCAUGUCCAAGCCCGCGCGCAGGAGCGCGUCCACCGCUUUCUUCGAGUGGGACCAGACAUUCGCUUUCGGCCGCGAUGCCCCCGGCGAGUCCUCCGCCAUCUUGGAAGUCUCCGUGUGGGACCCGCCUUCCGCCGACGUGGCGGGCCACAAGUUCUUCGGUGGCAUCUGCUUCGAUGCCGCAGAGAUCCUCCUGCGGGACCCGCCGGACAGCCCGCUGGCCCCGCAGUGGUACCGGCUGGAAGGGGGCGGGGUCAACUAUGCUGACCUGAUGCUCGCCACGUGGAUCGGCACCCAGGCCGACGAGUCCUUCCCCGACGCAUGGAAGACCGACACCGCCGGCGACGUGAACGCGCGCGCCAAGGUGUACCAGUCGCCGAAGCUCUGGUACUUGAGAGCCACCGUGAUCGAGGCUCAGGGCGUCUUGCCGUCGACCCCGGGGGCGGCGUUGAGGGAUACCUCGUUUCAGAUCAAAGCGCAGCUCGGAUUCCAAAUGCAGAAGACGAAGGUCUCCGUCGCCCACGACGGCUCCCCGUCAUGGAACGAGGACUUGCUGUUUGUGGCGGCGGAGCCAUUCGGCGAUAACCUCAUCUUCACCAUAGAGAACCGGCUGCCCAGAGGGCCAGUCGAGAUCGGCAGGGCGCCCGUCCCUCUCAUGGCCAUCGAGAGGCGUGUCGACGACCGUCAAGUGGCGUCGCAGUGGUUCACGUUCAUGGACGGCGAGACGAACAUGUUCAAGGGCAGGGUCCACCUGAGGCUGUGCUUCGACGGGGGAUAUCACGUGAUGGACGAGGCGGCGCACGUCUGCAGCGACUACCGGCCCACGGCGAGGCAGCUUUGGAAGCCGCCGAUCGGAAUGGUGGAGCUCGGGAUCAUUGGCUGCAAGCACUUGCUACCGAUGAAGACGGUGAACGGCAAGGGAUCCACGGACGCGUAUUGCGUGGCGAAGUACGGCCCCAAGUGGGUCCGGACACGGACCGUGUGCGACACGCUGGAUCCCAAGUGGAACGAGCAGUACACGUGGAGGGUCUACGACCCGUGCACGGUCCUGACGAUUGGAGUCUUCGAUAGCCGGGGAGCGUCCGAGCCGGACGGUCCCCUGGAAGCCCCGCCUCCUGACUGUCGCAUCGGCAAAGUACGGAUACGUAUAUCUACGCUCCAGGCCAACAGGGUGUACCGCAAUUUGUAUCCGUUGCUCGUGCUGUCGAAUGCCGGCUUGAAGAAAAUGGGGGAAGUGGAGAUCGCCAUAAGGUUCGCGCGGACGGCUCCGACGCUCGACGUCCUGCACGUGUACUCGCAGCCUCUGCUGCCACUGAUGCAUCAUGUCAAGCCCCUAGGAGUGGUCCAGCAGGAGUUGCUGAGGAGCGCCGCGGCGAGGAUCAUGGCCGCGCAUUUGUCUCGAUCCGAACCGCCGGUCAAGCGCGAGGUGGUGCUGUACAUGCUCGACGCCGACUCGCAGGCGUUCAGCAUGCGCAAGGUGCGCGCGAAUUGGUUGAGGAUCAUCAACGUGCUUGCCGGGCUGAUCGAUGUGGUCCGCUGGAUUGAGGACACGCGCGGGUGGAAGAACCCGACAGCCACGCCGCUCGUGCACGCGCUGCUGAUCAUGCUGGUCUGGUUCCCGGAUCUGAUCGUCCCCACGAUAGCAUUCUACGUGUUUGUGAUCGGGGCGUGGAACUACCGGUUCCGGGGCCGGUACCCGGUCCCGCACUUCGACCCAAGGAUGUCUCUGGCCGACACUGCAGACCGCGAGGAGCUCGACGAGGAGUUCGACCAGGUGCCGAGCAAGAGUCCACCGGAAGUCGUGCGGGUGAGGUACGACAAGCUGCGCGCAAUCGGGGCGCGUGUGCAGACGAUGCUUGGGGAUCUCGCCACGCAGGGGGAGAGGGUGCAGGCGCUGGUGACGUGGCGCGACCCGAGGGCCACGGGGAUCUUCAUCCUUCUGUGCUUCAUGGUGGCGGUGAUACUGUACUUGGUGCCGACGAAAAUGGUGGCGAUGGCGUCGGGGUUCUAUUAUUUCCGGCACCCGAUAUUCCGGGACCGGAUGCCGGCACCGGCUUUGAACUUCUUCCGGAGGUUGCCUUCGCUUUCUGACCGAAUGAUGUAGGAACACUUGAAAAGCGAGUCCAUGCUCGGUGAGGCUUAUUUUCGUUCACGCAUAUACAGAGCACAUCACUUUACUAGCUUAAAGCAUCAGCCCCUCUUGUCAUUUUCUUAUUUAGUUCUCUCUCUCUUCCUCUUGCCUUUGCCAGUAGCUAUUGUAAUCAUUCGAAUUUGGACAUCUUUCCCUUGUCCACCACUUGAGAUGAAUAUGUAGCCGAGAUUUGUUUUUCAGGCAUGAUGAGCGGAUCACAUUUAAGUUUCUUAUGUACCAAGAGAAUAUGGAAAUUCUAUGCUCUUACAGCA